AUGGAUGCAUUUGGCCAGAAGCAUACACAGGAUAUCCAUGGCAAUGACACCAUAUGCUUGGCAAACAUCAUACAUGCAACACUCAAGUUGAAUGAUUUCAAGCGUGCCUUCACCCUUGAUCGAAGAUUGACGAUGAAACGCAGGAUACAAACAUUUUCGACAGGCAGCGAACACUGUCGACGAGUACACAGGGUGUGGCUAGGCGUAAUGUAUAUGCUGUUCUGCUCUCCUCUUCAGCACGGCCGAGGAAGACGACGACAUCUACGAUACGCUCGUCAGGAGAAAUGA